AAAGUGGAGAGGAGGGUUAUGUGGGCCUCGGCCCUUUCUUCAAAGCGGCCAGGAGCCCUUCCUCCUCACCGUAGGUACCUUUCUGCUGGUCGGAUGCUCCCAAGUCUGAACCUGGAGGCUGAAGGAACGCGCGCUACGCGAUCAUAAUUUUGCCCACCUCUGGCUAAAAUGAAGGCAAUUCUUUAUGUAUCUGAUGUACUAGUAGUAUUACACUACAGUAGCUGAUGUAAUUAUCUAAACUUUCCAACAUGCACUGGAUCACUGUUUUAAGAACGGCUUCCUUUCAAACCCAGCACUUGGCUGUACAGUUUCGCAUCCUACGUUUAUUUUCCAGUCAUCUUUCAAAUCAGGCCUCCAUUUUCUGCAAAUGCACCAAAGGCCUGAAGCAUCGAACAAGCCAAGAAAUGGAAAGCUCCCUGGAUCUUCGCAAGGUUACUGAAGAUGCAGAAAAACAGCUAUCACAUCAGCAGAAUGCUGGUGCCUCAAAAGGAAACUUGAUUCUCAAAGUUCCCAAGGGCACCAGGGACUUUAGCCCAAAGCAAAUGGCUAUCCGUGAAAAAAUCUUUAGCACCAUAAUUAGUUGUUUCAAGCGUCAUGGAGCCGUGACAAUAGACACUCCUGUGUUUGAGCUAAAGGAACUCUUGCUAGAAAACUACGGUGAAGAGACAAAGUUGAUUUAUGAUCUGGAAGAUCAAGGAGGAGAGAUGCUGUCUCUUCGAUAUGACUUAACUGUGCCAUUUGCUCGUUACUUAGCUAUGAACAAAAUUAAACGGUGUAAACGUUACCACAUUGCAAAAGUCUACAGGCGUGAUAACCCAUCCAUAAAGAGAGGACGCUUCAGGGAGUUUAUCCAGUGUGAUUUUGACAUUGCUGGCCAAUACGAUCCUAUGAUUCCUGAUGCAGAGUGUUUGAAAGUCAUGCAUGAGAUCUUAACUGCCCUGCAAGUUGGAGAUUUCAUUAUCAAAAUCAAUGACAGGCGCAUUUUGCAAGGGAUCGUUACAAUAUGUGGUAUUCCAGAAAUCAAAUUUGAAAGGAUUUGCUCAACUCUUGACAAACUGGAUAAGGUCACAUGGGAGGAAGUAAAAAAUGAAAUGAUCAUAGAGGAUGUUAUUUCUCCUAAGUGUGUCGAUCGUAUUAGUGAAUAUGUUCAACUUCAUGGGGGACCAUGUCUCGUUGAGAAGCUUCUCAAGGAUCCAAAACUGGUACAGAACAGAUUGGCUAUGGAAGGACUAGAGGACAUGAAAUUGCUAUUUGAAUAUCUUAGUCUGUUUGGCAUCACAGAUCAGGUCUCCUUACAUCUGAGUCUGGCUCGUGGUUUGGAUUAUUACACUGGAGUCAUCUGUGAGGCUGUUUUAUUGUGCCAAAAGCAUAGCCAUCUAAACGAGGCUCUUAGCUUAGGUAGUGUGGCUGGAGGUGGACGCUAUGAUGAGCUUGUAGCAAAGUUUGAUUCAAAAGGAUAUAAGGUACCUUGUGUUGGACUCAGCAUCGGUGUUGAAAGGAUCUUCUCUAUCAUAGAGCAAAAUAAUGAGAUGGCCAAGGAGAAGAUCCGCACGACAGAGACACAAGUAUUGGUGGCAACUCCCCAGAAAAAUUUCCUUGCAUUCAGAAUGAAGUUCAUAUCUGAAUUAUGGAAUGCUGGCAUCAAGGCAGAGAUGUUAUAUAAAAAAAAUCCCAGACUACUGGAACAACUGCAAUAUUGUGAAGAAACGGGAAUCCCACUGGCAAUCAUUGUUGGAGAACAAGAGCUAAAUGAUGGAGUAGUGAAACUUCGGGAUGUUGUGACUAGGAAAGAGGUUAAUAUUCCUCAAGAGAAUCUUAUAGAGGAGAUCAAGAGAAGGUUGGAAAAAUACAAUACUUAAUUUCAUAUAAUUGACAUUUUAUACUGCUCCUAAGGCUGACUUAUAUGCGUACAUACUGCUCUUAUGGAAUACUGCAGGCCUGUUCAAUAUUUCAUUUUUUGUAAUAAAAUAAUAUUUCACAUUUUAGUCAAACAAACCAAAAUUUAGAGAAUUGGACUUGUGUCAUUGUACUUUUCUUAUCCACUGUUGCUGUGUACAUAGCAUUAAGUAUACUGGCCUUUCAAAAAGAAUUAGCUUUGCUGUUAUUGUCAUUAAUUAUAUUCUCCACUUACAUUGCUAAUCUGAUUUGCAUGUCAAUUCCCGAAUCUGCGGCUAACUACAUGGUUGUAAAUCAGUGCUGAUAGAUUUGUAAAUGGUUGAUAAAUGUUUCUAACAGAUAGCCACACUCGUUGGUUUAGCCAUCUGGCAAAACUCACCAUCUGUAGUAGCCUGUUGAUCAAUGGCUUUGCAGAUGUGCAGAGUUUUGAAAGAGCUCUUCACCCAUAUUGGUUAAGCCAUCUUUCAAAAUCAAGGGUCUCAACCAGUGUGAUGAUAAAAUAGAGUUUCAUUUUUCAAAAGGUACUACUUUUGAAAUAACUGAAUUCUCAUGCUUUUACCCACCAUUUCCCAGAGCUGAUCUGCAAGAUACAGUGUAUAAUGCUCCAGCCAAAUUUUCCAGCUCCACAAACAGAAUGGACCUGGAAGAGAUAGGAGAUCAAUAAGUGCUGAAUAAUAAGUGCUGAUCUGAUCACAUUCCUUAUUGCCACUUGACUACACAGCCAACAAGUAUAUCUGUGACAGCUUAUAUUCAUUUAUGGUCUCCUGUGGAUUGUUAACUUACUGUAAAGGAAUUUAGGACUGACCUUGGGGAAGGUAUGUGAGAAAUGUUGGGGGAGGCAGGAGAAAAGCUGUUGGAGGAGUGGUAGAAAAAAUGUCAAACCUUCAAACAUUCUGAAUACAGCCAUGUUUUUUCGUUUUUCGGUUGCCACAGCAAUGGAAAGGAGGAAAUGCAUUCUUCUAGAUCAAAACAGUAACUUUCUUGUGGGAACCAAGGUCAAGCAGCCUAAGUGUUUGCGGGCUGGGGCUGGAGCUACCGUUAGGAAUCCCGCCAAAGGUGUUAAUUGAGGAUUGUGAUGUAUGACACACUAAGAGGUGGGAAGUUCAACUUUUACUUUGUAACCUUUUUUUUGGGGGGGGGGACUUUCAGUCUUGGUUUUACCUUUGUUCGUGCUGAUAUUAUGUAGCCAUUAAAAGUGUUCUUUGAAGAAA